CUCUCUUUUUAGCAAUGCGUCUCUACCACAGCACACAGGUAUCACAAAAAAUGGGUCUUCGCAAUAGAAAAGAGAGACAUCACUGCUGGAUGGUCCCGCCAUGCCAGGUGAUGGAGAGUCCACAAGAGGAGACUAGUGACCUCAUCCAACCCGAGAAACUGCCAAAUCCCGUCCUGGCUUCUCACCAACACAGAGCCCUUCACCAAGAGCUGCUAUUCUGCCACAGAAGAGGUCUACUGCCCAGAAAAAAGCCUGAGCUGCAGCACGUGUUGGAACACAAACAGAGAGAGCAGCACAAGCAGAGGGAGCUGGCCCUCUGUCCUCUGUCCGACCUGGAGGUGAAGCUACGGACGAGGCAGCAGAGAACAAAAAUUUACGAGCUCGAGCAGACGAAGAGGAUCGAGAGUCUGCAGAAUGUACCAGAGUUUGUUCAUGUGAGAAGAACCCUGAAACACGUCCAAAAUUUUUCCUAGUAAGGAGUACAACCAGAGCAAAUGGACACA